AGCAUUGAUUACAAUUAAGUAAGCCUCCGCUCCGUACUUUGAUAUAAACACAACUAAAACACAAACAUAGCAUUAAGUCACAAAAAGCGCUGCUGCUUCAGAAACAAUAUUAUUGUUAUUUCCAAAUCGCACGUAACUGCUCUGUUUUCAACUAACGUCAGGGCGGAGGAGUUUAGGCGGCGGUAUUUAAAGCAGCACUUGUUUCCAGUGACAGUUUAGCUAGCUGCCUUCCCUCCCUCCCAAGCAACAAUCAGUUUAAACACCUGUCCUAUCCUCAAUGACCAGCCAAAACAGUCACUUCUAGGUCCAGCUGAUUCAGAAUAUCACACGAUCAGUGUUUACUUGUGCUGCUUUUGCUAAUGUCAACAACUGAAAGGUGAUUGAGAUGCCGUCUCCAAAAUAUAAGGGUUCCCUCAGGAAAAAGCCCAACUCAGAGCUUAAUGUGGUUGUCAGCAGUCUGAGGAAGGAGAAUGCGUAUCUGAAGAAGACCCUGGUUGAGUUUUUUCGUCAACAUUCAGAACAUAUUAAGCUAGUAGAGAGAUUCCUCUCUCUUGAAACUGUUAGACUGGAGGGUUGUCAGCAGCUCAUGGCCAAAGACUGAGAAGAUUGCUUUGCCUUCUGAUCAGCUGAGUAAUAAUGAAGUGAAUCUGAUGGACGUAGUGAGUAUGAGGAGAACGAGAAGCAUAUCCAGUUACUGCGGAGAGAUUGAAGAAAUCAAGAACAAGCUUGUGAGCGUCUCAACUAGGUGUCAAUAUCUCGAGAACAAAGUUGCACGGAAGAAGGACUCCGCUUCAAAUGAAUGGGCCUCGACCAAAACCACAAUAGAGCUCCAUAAUCUACUCAGUGAUGCCAUGGAGAAGAACAGGCAGUGGCUGGAAUAUGACCAGCAGAGAGAGGCCUAUGUGAGGGCAACUCUGGCUAGAAUGUUAUGGCUGGAGAAGCAGCUGAAUGAAGCCAAGCGGGCCCGCUCACAGCGGCACAAUGAGGACCAUUCAGAUGAGAAGGAGCAGGAGAUGCAGGAGCACUAUGAAAGACUCUUACAGAAAGCCAAAGACGAGAAGGAGCAAAUAAGUCAGAUGCAGGAGCACUAUGAAAGACUCUUACAGAAAGCCAAAGACGAGAUGGAGGUGCUCGGGGAGCGGGUCGACGUCACCCACCAGAACCUGAUCAUGACCCGAAACCGGUGCGAAGAAAGGGAGAGUGAAGUGAAUCAGCUCAAGCAGCAGCUGCAGACUGACAAUAUGAGCAUAGAAAGUCCAGCGCAAGAUAAUGAUUACUCUGAGGAGGAAGAGCAAUGGCUGACUGCUGAGACCGAGGACCUCCAGUGCAGACUGAAUGAGGAGAAGCGCAGGUCGUUCCUUGACAACAACCCAGAGUUUGCUAUGGAGUAUUACGACAAGAAAGUCAAGGCAGAUGUGAUCACUGCUGCCUUCAACAACCAGGUCCAGGUCAAAGACCCAGCCUCUUACAAGACUGUCUCCGCCAUCCAGGAGGCUGAGUUCAUAUUUGAGCUCAUAAAGGAGAUGCAGAACAUCAUCCCCAUGGAGAAAGCCCUGCAUAAAAUUCUCCAGAGGGUUGCUCUGCUGAUCCAGGCUGAUCGCUGCAGCUACUUUGGCUACAGGUCUCGUAACGGCACACCUGAGCUGUCCACCAUCCUCUUCGAUGUAUCACACAAUUCCACAUUUGAGAAAAAUCUUGUGAAUCCCAAUGUAGAGAUUGUUUUUCCCACCGACAUGGGAAUUGUUGGAUGGACGGCACACUCCAAGAAGCCUCAAAACAUUGCUGAUGUUAAGAAGAACUCUCAUUUCAGCGACUUUGUGGAUAAGCAGACAAAAUAUACCACCAAAUGCAUGCUCACUUUUCCCCUUAUGUGUGAAAAGGAACCCAUCGGUGUCAUCAUGGCACUCAACAAACAAGGUGCUGAUGAAUUUUCAAAGAGCGAUAAUGAGCUCUUCAAUAAAUAUAUGAACUUUGCUUCUGUGGUCGCACUCCAAGGCUACACUUCUUGCAUGUGGGAUGUAGAGUCCAGGAGAAGCCAGGUGUUGCUGUGGUCAGCCAGCAAAGUGUUUGAAGAGUUGACGGAUAUUGAGAGGCAGUUUCACAAAGCCUUGUACACAGUGAGGAUAUAUAUCAAGUGUGAGAGAUACUCUGUGGGACUCCUGGACAUGACCAAAGAAAAGGAAUUUUUCGAUGAGUGGCCAAUCAAACUAGGAGACCAGGAGCCAUAUAAAGGCCCCAAGACACCUGAUGGCAGAGAAAUCAACUUCUACAAGAUUAUUGACUACUUGCUGGAAGACAAAGAGGAGAUUAAAGUUAUCCCCGGCCCUCCUGCCGACCACUGGGCUCUGCUCAGCGGACUCCCAUCAUAUGUGGCUGAGAAUGGAUUUAUCUGCAACAUGAUGAACGUUGCAGGAGAUGAUUACUUCGCAUUUCAGAAAGAAGCGGUGGAUGAGAGUGGAUGGAAGAUGAAGAACGUCCUCUCCCUCCCCAUCGUCAACAAAAAGGAAGAAAUAGUUGGUGUAAUCACUUUCUUCAACAGAAAAGACGGAAAACCUUUUGACGAGAAUGAUGAACAAAUUACAGAAGCUCUAACCCAGUUCCUUGGCUGGUCCACUUUGAAUAGCGACACAUACGACAAACUGAACAAGACGGAGUGGAGCAAAGACAUCACCCAGGAAAUGCUCAUGUACCAGACAACAGCCACACUCACCGACGUGCAGACCAUUCUGAACACUCAAGACAAGUUUGGCUCUGCACCAGAGGACUGUGACCAGAAGGAGAUGUACAAACUUUUGAGAGCCACCAUCCCCGAUGCCAAGAAGGUGGAGCUGCAUGAGUUCCGCUUCAGUGACUUCCCCUUGUCCGAGUUGGAACUCAUCAAGUGUGGCAUCCGCUGCUUCUUUGAGCUCGGUGUGGUAGAGAAGUUCAAAGUCCCAGCUGAGAUCUUGACACGAUGGAUGUUCACCGUUCGCAAGGGAUAUCGUGACAUCACCUACCACAACUGGAGGCACGGCUUCAACGUUGGACAAACCAUGUUCUCUCUGCUGCUAACGGGUAAACUGAAGAAGUAUUACUCCGAUCUCGAGGCCUUUGCCAUGGUUGCUGCCGGAUUCUGCCACGAUAUUGACCACAGAGGAACCAACAAUCUCUACCAGACAAAGAGUUUAUCCCCACUGGCAAAACUGCACACCUCCUCAAUUAUGGAGCGGCAUCAUCUUGAGUACAGUAAGACACUGAUGGAGGAUGAGAACCUGAACAUCUUCCAAAACCUUCAGAAGCGUCAGUUCGAAACAGUGCAGCAUCUGUUUGAAGUUUGCAUUAUUGCCACCGAUCUCGCCCUCUAUUUCAAGAAGAGAACAAUGUUCCAGAAAAUUGUGGAAUCUGUGGAGGUGAUGCCGGAAGAGAAAGACAGAAUCAACUUCAUCUCCACUAAUGCAACCAGGAAGGAAAUUAUCAUGGCAAUGAUGAUGACGGCUUGUGACCUGUCAGCUAUUACAAAGCCAUGGGAGGUUCAGAGCAAGGUCGCUCUAAUGGUGUCAGCAGAAUUUUGGGAGCAAGGAGACAUGGAAAGGACCAUCCUUGAUCAGCAGCCUAUUCCAAUGAUGGACAGAAAUCAUGCUGAAGAGCUGCCUAAGAUGCAGUGUGGUUUCAUCGACUUUGUCUGCUCCUUUGUCUACAAGGAGUUUUCUCGCUUCCACAUAGAGAUCACCCCGAUGUUCGAUGGGCUGAAGAUCAACAGGGGUCAGUGGAGAGCUCUGGCGGACGUCCACGAGGCCAAGAUAAAAGCCAUCGAAGACGAGAAGAAAAAGCUGGAAGGUGGAGGUGAAGCUAAAGAUGGCGGGAAGUCGAAGACAUGCGUUAUCUGCUAGACCUCCAGGACCAUCGAGGCAGUUAUGAAUGUUUGUCUGGAUGAGUAUUUGUACAGUGUGUGUAUGAGCAUGUGUUCACAGAUGAGGGAAUUAAAAUGUGUUAAAAGCCCUAAAUGAUUAUUUUUUAUAUACAAAACAUUUUAUUUGUGAUAUUAUUAUUCUCUGAUACAGAAAGCUGUUUUGAUUGGCACCAGUCUUGAGCACAUACAGUUUGUACGUAAUACUAUGAAAACAUUCAUUAUUCUUGUAUAUACUAAAAGAAUUGAUCUUUGAUCCAUUAUAACUAUUUAUACUGGAUAUAUUAUAGAGAUAUUUAGCUCACUUUCUCUUGCUUUGGACAUGAUAUGAGUAGAAAUAUUAGGCUGCAAAUAUGGGAGUAUAAAUACUACAAUUCAUUUGAGCCUACGAAACAAAAUGAGCAGUUGUUUAAUUGCAAUUAGUGCUUUAAAAGUUUCAAACAUAUGUCUUUGGGAGAUGGGUGAGAGAUGUAAGAAGAUUUGAAUGAAUUGGAUUUAGGUAUAAGCCCCUUUGAGCCCCCGAGGCUAAGUCCACUGCUUACAUAAAGUAAAAAUACUGCUGUCAACGUGUGAAGAGAUCAUGUGUCAUUUACAGGACAGGAAGGUGUCAAAUGGAAACACUGCAGCAAACUGACAUAUUAUACAAUGUAUAGCCGUUGUUUGAGUGUGAAACAUCAUCAAUUAUGUUGUGUUGGGAUUUCUUAACGCUGAAAUGUUACGAUAUCUUAGUGAAUGCAACCUUGGCAAAGAAAUGUGACUCUAUCAUGAAUGUAUAGCAUUAAAUACAUAUAUGUGCAAUAGAAUCAUGUAUAAGACAUGGAAAAUGUCAAUAAAGUUUAUUUUAAAAUCAA